CUCCUUUGGUUUUAUUUCAGCUUGCCGGUAAAUAAGGUUUUGUUAUGUGCAACAACAGAAAACAACAGUUGUACUGCAGGAGAGAGGAGGAGUAGCAGGAGGAGGUGGCCACACCACACCACUCUUACUUGGCCACCACCAACUUUCUUACGCCGUCCUGCCGCCAUGUUGCCACGUCUUCCUUGGCUCAGGCGGCGGUGCUGUCCGAGCGUAAGAGGAGGUUACAGCUUCUGCCGAUCACAGAACUGUAUUCGAUUUGUCUGAACACACCGAGGCGCCUUGCCAGGUUGUGAAUGUUAUAAAGUACCAAGCUGACUUACAGAGAGGCUGCGAACAAAACCGGAACCUGUAAGGUGGAUUUCCAGGCUCAGGCAGACAGGUGCAGCAUUAGUGCAUCUGUUUCUCCUUAUAUGGAGACGAGCAGCUGGGCCUCGGAAGAGUACAGCUUCCCGCGUGCAGGUCAAAGGCAAGGGCGCGGCUGAUGCGAUACAGCAGAAUCAGGAGGUGUGGGGAGCGACCUCGUCCAAGGCUGAGAGUGCGGCAGAAGCGGCGGCGGUCCGUUACCUUACGGUGUCAGCUGCCACAACGGGUCUCAGCGCGCCGCCCCGCGCGCCGCGCCACCCAGUCAGCAGUGGGUUAGUGGUGGCUUCCCUCGCCUCCACCGCUGGGAGGGAGCACCCGGCUUCUGGUACUGUUGCUUCGGCUGCCGCUAGUGAGGUGCGGGCCAGCCUGACGCUGGAGGGCCGCAGCAACCUAGCGGGAGGCGCGCCAGCAAGUGAAACUUGCCGGCCCAUCGGCAGACGCGAGGUGGCGGGUUUUCCCUUUUAGUAUCGGCCCGUAUGUAGGUCAGCUUAGUUUCGCUUUUACAGUGGUAUGCGAUGGUCGGGUCUGCUGCGAGCGUGUGUGAGGCGCGCCCCUGCCCGUGACCACCACGGCCCUCUCUCUGACUUCAGUACCUUCUGGUGCAGUGUGGUGAGCCAGUCGGAGCAGUGUUCAAGUGUACAUACAGUGUAACUCCUUGUCACUGAUGCAAACAGUCACUUGCAGUGUUGUAGUUCAAGCCUUUGCGUUGCGAGCGGAUUACUGUGUGACCUGAGAUUACAGUCUACACAAGUGACUCCUCGCACGGCCCCAGCACACAACAUACUCAAGGUGUGGAGGAGCCGAGCCUAACCACGAGUCUCCACUAUCCCUUAGGAUCCCUGGACGCCUCAGCCCCAGGAACGUGGACGACCGCCAUCAUGGAUGUCAGUCCGUCUAUCCACGACCACUUCAAGGCUGACCUGUUCGACCUGGUGUCGUGCACAGAGUACGACCUGAACGGCGCCGCCCUGGUGCCGGAGUGUUGGCAGCUGGAUGACCUAGUGACCCGCAAUAUUAAUAACAACAAUAACAACAAUAACAACGGAGUGGGCGUCGACGUGAUGACACCCUCUUGGUCUUACGGCACCUACCCAGAGCCGCCUUCCUCCACGCCUACCUCAAUGGGCGUGUUGCCACACGACAAGGAGAAGGACACCAGCGACAAGAUGUGGGGAGGAGGCGGCGGUGGCGGCGGCGGCGGCGGCGGCACCACCGAGAAGGUGGUGAACAGCGCCACCGGGAACACCAUCAUCAUUACCUUCCCCACCGCGGAGGGCCGCGCCCCUGACGCUCCUGAGGGCGCCUACAAUCCCUCCCCGCCCAUGGUGGAGCCAAACAACCUGGAGCUUUUCAACUCCAUCCUCAACGAGAAGCCCUAUGACGGCCUGGUGUCCCACAACCACCGCUCCCCGGCAUCCGACUGCGUCUCCUACGUCAGCGCCUGCUCGGGGUACAGUGACUCAGGGAUAUCCACGUCCCUGGAGGACACGGCUUCUCCCAACGAGGGCGGCCACGACCACGUCGACUUUGAGCGACUGGUAGACUCUGCCGUAGACUCCCUCGUGUAUUCCCCCGGGGCCACCGCCCUAGCCCCCGUGGAGGAUGCUCAGGCCAUGGAGGGCGUCAACGCGACAUACAUGACCCCGGGACCAAUGCCUUACUCCACCACCGUCACGCAGAGCAGUGACGUGUCCUCCAUCCUGGAGGGGGCGCUGCGCGGCACUGUGCGUCGGCCGGGCGGUCCUACGCAGCUGCCGCCAAUCAACAAGAUCUCCGAAGCUAAGACGCUCACCCUCAUGUCGAACAUGACACCCCUGCCGCCCCUCACCUCAGCCUUCAAGGCGGAGCAGCUAAAUGGCGUGGGGGGCUCCACUCAGAUCAGCAGCAGUAAUGGCAUGUAUGUGACGACGGGCUACGACUAUCACCCGACGCCCACCGAGGAGUACACCAGCCUGGACGCCUCCUUCACCAAGCUGUCCACGGCCACCACGCCCAAGCCAGACCAGUCAGACCAGAAGCCCAAGAAGCGCAAGUACACCAAACGUGCGGCGGGCGAGGAGCCCACAGUGAAGGGUCGCCUGCUGCACUUCUGCCACAUCUGCAGCAAGGGAUUCAAAGACAAAUACAGCGUCAAUGUUCACAUCCGCACCCACACGGGGGAGAAGCCCUUCACCUGCGAGCUGUGCGGCAAGUGUUUCCGGCAGAAGGCCCACCUGGCCAAACACGUCCAGAUCCACAGCGCACCAAAGCCGCCCGGGAAGAGGUGAGCGCCGCGGCUCGCGCCCCGCCAACACUCCCCAAGUCCCGGGCAGCGCUGGGCCGCGCCGGGCAGCGUCGGACCGAGCCGGGCCACGGCCCCGGCCUCGACAAAUGUCUCACUGUCGUACCUGCUCCUUGUUCUUAAGCCGUCCUUUGCGUUAUUUACAGCUUCCUAUUGUUAGAUGGAUAAG